AUGGAAGAUAAAUGGCCAGAACGAAGAUCUUCAAAUACACCAGAUUCAAGUCAAGAGUUAAAAAUGCAAGUACGAGCAAACAGACUUGAACAAUGUAUUUCUCGAGUCGGUAGACGAGUCCCAACCCAGAACUCUUAUGGCUAACAAGGUAGACCUGAUGUGGUGACUCAAGCCUACAAGAUACUCCAAAUGGUAUAUAAUAAAUCAACCAGGGAAGUGUGAAAUAGGACUAUCGAUCGUGCGAGUGCAAAGUUGGGUUAAUCGGUUUAUUCGGAAUUGUGAAAGAACGUGCAAGAACAGAGAAACCGAGGAAUCGACACCAAUGGAGCUGGUCAUUAGCAAGGAACAAAUAAUCAAAAGAGACACAAGAGAAAGCCUUUGCAAAAGAGAUUGCUGCGUUGAAGAAAGGCAAACCGGUACCAAGGAGCAGCUCUUUAUAAAAGUUAAAUCCAAUGCUCGAGAAUGGAAUGUUAUGGUCGAAUACGAGAUUAUGAAAUGCAAAGGAACUUUAAAACGAACUGAAAUUUCCAAUAAUAUUGCCAAAGAAACACCAUGUAACAAGACUUAUUGUCAAGUGUCACCAUGA